AUGCCUACCUCUGUUAAUACUACUCCCAGUAGCAGCACUGCCUAUAUUGAUCGCACCACUUCGCAGAACUAUAGCUUCCGCAUACCAUUCUCACCUCUUUCGAGAAGUUACGGUCGAUUGGCUGAUCAACGCCACAUGACCUGUGACUCCAGCCCCUCACUCACCAUGGCACUCAGUAGACUCUCGCUUAGUUCGACUAGGCUCAUGCAGAAUCUUGAAGUGCCAACGCUAAAAUCAGUGACUAGAACGAGCAGUUAUCCCUUAAACAACUCCAGAUCGUCUCCGUGGUUGGUUUCACGUGGUGAGGUAAGAGCUUAA